AAAUGUCUUGUUUACUCACUUGGAGACAAACAGCCCUUUUGAUGCUUCUCUCACUUGUUACUCAGCCUUGAGACUUCAUAGACCAUCAAGCCAAGUAAGAAAGCCUGAACAGUGAGCAUAAAUGUUGACCUCUGGUGGUAUAGCAUUACUUUUCUUGCUCAAUUUGCCAAGUGUCAAGUUAUGCCCAAUACUCUGCCAAUGCACCAGACUCAAUAAUCUGGGACUCAAAGUUGACUGCAGCUCAAAACAUCUGAAGGAAGUUCCUGUUCUCCCUGAAGACACAGUUGAACUUUACCUACAGAACAAUAAGUUAACCACAGUUGCUUCAGGCAUGUUUGACAAGCUUCAGAAACUAAGGAAGAUCGAAUUGUCAAGCAACCCUUGGAAAUGUGAUUGCCAUAUCACAUAUCUCAAGCACUGGCUAGAAGACCACCAACUCAAUGCUAAUCCAAUGGUUCUUUGUUCAACUCCUGUUUUACAUAGCGGUAAACAAAUAUUAAAACUAACAGGUAAUGAGUAUGCUGCUUGUACUAACCAUGAACCGAUCCAGUGUAAAUCAUUUCUUUACAGAGAUAUUUGGCUGGCUGGUGCACUUUUUCUUGUUCUUGUUUUGUUGCUAUGUACAAUUUACAUUGCAAAGCACUUGAACUUCUGGGCUUUUAUGACUGGCUCUUACUAUCCAUCAGAAAGUCUCAAGGUAGAUUAAAAAGCAAUAAAAAAAUCUUCAAACAAACAAAUUUGAUUAACGGUGCAUUCCUUCAAUGUUUUACCUCAUAUUCCUUAUAAAACGGUACCACUACUGAAAGAGUCCCACAAAUCCAAAAGACUUAAAACCAGUCUUUUGACAAUUAAGUAUUUAGAGUGCUUUUGCAAUAAUGAGAGAGAUAAUUCUCAAAUUGAUGGAAGUUAAAAACCAAGAGGGUUGUAAAAUAGAUUGCUAUCAAUUGUAUUGCACCAUUGUGUAAAGUAAACACCACAUCAUCUUUCUUCUACCCCCAUUUAUUUUUAGACUUUCUCCUCUUCUUGUUAGGUAUCUGCCUAACAACACAAGUGACAAAUAAUUUACUAACAUAAUAUUAAUUGUUUUUGCUGAUCCACCAAAGUCCAGAUCUGUAUGGCUCUCCAAUCACAUAAUAAAGACCUUUAGUUCUUUGAUCAUAGACUAUGUUACAUAAUCUGCUGUUUGCAUAAAGUCAAACCAUUUCCAAUUUCAAUGAACUAAAUCAUGUUCUUUCUCAAUCAUCAUUAAUUUAUGUAUUAAAAUUCAUCUUUCUAUUUAAAAAUAUACUCCCAAAUUGUAGUGGUGCGACAUAGAUUCACACUUAUGUUUGUACUGUAGCAUGAAGUUUGUUUUAUGCAUAUAGAAUAUUCAGAGAAUGGCAUGUAGCUGAAAAAGGAAAAUAAUGAAGGUCAAAUAAAUAUGGUGUGCUUUUUUCACUAUUAUGAAGAAUUCUUGAUGUUGUUACAUAUCACCUGAAUGUUUUUAAAUAAACUAUAUCACUGUUGUUCAUGUCAUGUUAGUUGAAAAAUACAGUUGUAUUACAGUUGUGGAAAAGCACAUGCUUUGUAAUGCCAGUUUUUUCUAAAUGCCUGAUAUUGUGAACACAAGAUUGUUUCUUGCUCUAUUAACUGUUAAUCACACUUUUUAUUCAAACAAUGAAAUAAUGAUGGUUCAUGUUGUCACUGUAGAAAAGACUGCUUUGAAAUAACACAAUA